CCACUGUUAUGACGCCCGACGCGCUCUUGGGUUGACGCACUUGCUUUUCUCAGCUCACUCAGUACAAGAUGGCAGAUUCCGAUGAAGAGUACAUUGGGGAAAUCUCUGAGGACGAGGGUGAGAGUAACAUCCCUCAAGGAUCUCGAGGCGAGACCACUGUAUCCCGUUCCAAGAGAAGAAAGCACCGUGGAGGCGCAGAAUGGGAAGUCUCAAGAACUUGGGAGACUUUGGUCGAGGGUGCCGAUGGUACAAUCAGCUCUACAGUCGAAGGGCUUCUGGAAUCUGGAAAAAGGAAAAGACUCCUCAAAGACACAACGCCCUUGCAACGGGGUAUAAUCCGCCACCUCAUUCUGGUUCUGGAUCUGUCUCAAUCAAUGGCCGAAAAAGAUCUCCGACCGACACGCUACCUACUGGCCCUACGGUAUGCACAAGAGUUUGUGAGGGAGUUUUUUGAGCAAAAUCCCAUCUCCCAACUUGGCGUCCUUGGCUUGAGAGAUGGUCUUGCAAUCAGGGUCAGUGAUAUGAGUGGGAACCCUACUGAGCAUGUCAGUGCCAUCCAAUCCUUGCGAGAUCAAGACCCAAAAGGUCUCCCUAGUCUGCAGAAUGGCCUUGAAAUGGCUCGAGGUGCUUUGUUCCAUACUCCAAGCCAUGGCACCCGUGAGAUCCUUGUCGUUUUUGGCUCCCUCCUUUCCUCUGACCCAGGUGAUAUUCACCAAACAAUCACUACGCUUAUCAACGACAAGAUCCGUGUUGGAAUCGUGGGCCUUGCUGCACAAGUAGCCAUCUGUCGAGAAAUUUGUGACAAAACCAAUGGGGGCGAUGAGACUACUUAUGGCGUGGCUCUCAAUGAGCAGCAUUUUCGUGACCUCGUGAUAAAAGUGACAACGCCGCCAGCUACAUACUCUCAAAAACAGUCCACGAGCUCUCUCUUGAUGAUGGGUUUCCCGUCUCGUACUGUUGAGGCUUAUCCUUCCCUGUGUGCAUGCCAUUCUACGCCUUCUCGAGGGGGCUACCUGUGCUCACGGUGCAACAGCAAGGUUUGUGGUCUCCCUGCCGAGUGUCCUUCCUGCGGUCUUACUUUGAUACUUUCAACCCAUCUUGCCCGGUCAUACCAUCACCUGUUUCCCCUCAUGAAUUGGGUGGAAGUUCCGUGGCAGCGUGCUUCAUGCAGUGCUGUCUGCUUUGCUUGCGGUAUACCCUUCCCCCCCGUGCCACCCAAUGAGCAGUGGCAAAUUACAGAGGGCCAAGCAAAGGGGAUGAGUGUAAGCAGCCGCUAUGAAUGUACUGUGUGCAAUAACCAUUUCUGCAUUGACUGUGAUCUUUUUGCUCAUGAGGUCGUGCACAACUGCCCUGGCUGUCAAAGCAGGGUAAUAGCCCCUACGAAGCCAGAAUCCCAAGAAGUCCUAGACAAGAUGGAUACCUCCGCAUGAGCGUGUGGAUGCUCCCGGGCCACAUGCCAAUGUGCUUACCGCACGGCGUUGUUUUCGCAACCGGUGGAACAGGCCCCCGUCAUCAUAAUAAGCAGUGUGCUUGCAGUGGCGCGGCAAGACUUUCGGUCACGUUGUCAAACUAACGAACAGUUGGAUACGGAUUCCAAAAGACCUAAGAGGACCCAGCAUGCAUUAUCCACCUCACGUUGGUCAAAUCGCUAAUCCAUACCGUUUACCAAACGCGGGUGCGUUGAAAAUCUUCGAGCCGUAUAUGACGCAUUUGGCGGUCGCUAUACCGCUGCUCUUAUCAAGCUUGAGUAGAAGCAAUAGUAACUACCGAAUCAAUGAACAAGCCGU